AAGCGAACGUGGAUGGAAAUGAAGCCAGAGAGAGUAUAAAGGGGAAAAUGGUUCUUGCAACAAAUCUGGAUGCUUUUGGCGGAGACUUUGUGCGCAACGAGGUUGUGCUAAUCAACCAAACAGACAUGACAACUAAAGAUGCAAGAGUGCAUGAAGGAUGUGCAACCCACAGUGGCGAGUAUCAUGCCAAUGAUGAUAGACUGAUCAGCCGAGUCCCACCUACGAGAGCCAAGACUAAAGGGCAGAGCAUACCACCAUCUGAAAAGAAGGAAAUUACAUUGAGAGCCAAAGGUGUGAAAAAGGACACAAGGAAAUGCAGUAUUUGUGGGUACUACGCAACACAUAACGUGAGAACAUGUCCCAAACUCCAGCAUAACAAAGAGCGCUUGGAAGUAUUGAAGAACAGAAUGAGAGGCAGGCCACGAGGAGCACAGCAUAAGGGAAGUGCCAGCCAGCAUGAUAGUGGAGGAGAAGAGCAUAACAUAGGGUGACAGCAGGACACAAAGAAGUGCCAAGAAAAUAAAUAUAUUGAUUACGAGAGCAAUGACGAGCAGUUUAAGGACACGGAUAUGGAAGGGUGAGGACCAGAUACGCGUUGUACAUAAAUUUAAAUAUUUUUUGUCAACAGUGUAUUCUAGUCUUUGUUGUCUACACAUUUAAAUAAUUCAAUGUUAUCCGUUAGGGCAUCAUGACAACUACUCAGCUAGGUAAUGUUUGUAUGUUUGGU